CUGGCUCUCUAGCUAGGAUUCUGUCAACGCAUUUUGUUUAAUAUUUGCGUGUAUUGUUGUAUUUUAAUGCGAUUCAACAAAUGGAACAGCAAGUUGAGACCAUUCUUGAAAAAGUCAUGGAGGUGCCUGGUAAUGUUGGAUGCCUUCUAGCGAACAACCAAGGGCUAUGUUUGGGAGCGAAAGGCAACGCGUCCGAGCAUUCGGCGGGAUUAAUAGUAGCUAUAUCGAAUUUGGCCUCAAAACUAGAUCCAAAGUGCAGUGCCCCAGUGGUUUCUCUAGAGUCUUCGGAUAGGAUUUGUUUGAUACACAAUCAUGGCAUUACCGGUGCAAUUUUUAAACAAAAAUAAACUUAUAAAGCCAAGGAAAGCGUGAACGUACAAACAUGCAAAUAAACUCUUUUCUGUUUCAACUCAUACAGUUCUUCUGUACUGCAACUGCUAUGUGCUACCUACCCUGACUGAUU